AUGCUGGACUGGAUUAAGGGGAACGAUCAAACCGCACAGGCUACAGAUGACUCUAAGCUGCUAGAACCCCCUGAGACCCCAGGCCAUGUCUUUGCCAUUCGUGCAUUCAAGAGCGCUCUGUUUGGCACCCCCGGAGCAGAGGACGAUGGAAAAAACGCGUCCCCGAGACAGUCCGGUCACCAACGAAGCAAAAGCGAUACGAUAACAUCCGCGCCAACUGAUAUCAAGACCGACGCGAAAUCAGGCGACGCGACUUACAACCCCACGGGAUCCCCUACGAAAAGCAUACUUGUUACACCCGGAACCGCAUUGCGUCGGAAGACGGUAUCCUUUGGCGAAAGUGUCAUCGACAAUGAGGGGAAACGCCCCGGCUCGGCCAGUAAGCCGGCCAAGACUCCACCAAAUCCUUCCGGAGCCCUCAGUACCCAGUGGAUGUCUGGGUCAUCAGAUGGAAACGGCAAGCCGAGGAGCAAACUCACCCAGACACUCAUGAAUGCACGCGACAACGCAUCCAAGAACUCCGAUCCGGCCAAAUCUGAUGAGAACACACGGGAAACGAAACAUGCCAUGGGCUCUGGGUCCAAGGAUACCCUCGACGAAGAUGUCACCAUCAAUCUGGAUGACCCUCACUCAGAGUCAGGCAAGUACUGGAAAACUGAAUUCGAUAAUUACCGUGUGAAAACCAAUCGAGAGAUUAAGAAAUUGAUUCAUUACCGAUCGAUUGCCAAAUCCUACGCUCGCAAGAAGGAUACAGAAGCUAUGCGGCUGGCCGACAAGCUCAAGGAGGAAGAAGAAAAGGUCGCCGAGAUGGAAAGGCAGGUGUCACGGCUUGCUUCUUCGAUGGUCGGGGAGGGAUCGACAGGCGACAAGGAGCAACUGGUUCAAGAUUUGACCAAACAAACCGCUCUUGCAUUGCAAUAUAAGCAGCAGGUUACCUCGUUGCGCAGCGCCUUAGAACGACAUGAUGUCGUAAGCGAUGCGGCAAAUAUCACACAAAAGAAAAAGGAAGAACCUCCUUCAAACGCUCCAACGGAAGAGCUUCGCAAAACACAGCAAGAAUUGGAACAAGCCAAUGCCAAGAUUGAGGAGAUGAAAAAACAGCAGUCCGAACUAAACAAACUUCAAGACCUCGCGCAGAGCUCAGAAAAGAAAGCUCAAGCACUCGAGAAAGAGAACGACACUCUAAAACAAACACUAGCCCGAGUGAAGCAGGAAAUGUCUCGAUAUGAAGGUCGACGAAAGGACAAGGAAACAAGACUGAAGCAGAGAGAGGCCAGACUGGAGCAGCGGAUCCAAGAAUACAGAGAAAAGCUCAAAACGGUCUCCCAAGAGCACCGUGCCUCGGAAGAGAAUUUGAGAAAUACUUCUGAUGCAGAGCGCCGCCACAUGCAGAAACAAAUCGACCUUCUGAAGCUGCGACUCGGUUCUACCGAACGCUUUCCGGCAUUACCUUCCACGGAGCGGCAAUUCCUAAGUCCUCGCAAAGACAACACAGACGUGCAGGCGUUUGACUUUGACUUUGGUGACCAGGACAUUACCGAUCAGGACCUUGAGAAACCCGAAGAAGAACUCACCGAAGAUACCGAGCCUCCCCCAAGCCCGAGUCCACGCUCCAAAUCACGACCUGCUCUGCGCAGUAACACCUUGGGCACACUUAGUACAAGACCGAUUACCCGAAACAUAGUCGCAGAUGACGACGAGGUGACACAUUAUCUAAACGAAAUCCUCCUGAAGCCGCAACUCGAGGCCCGUACUGCCGCAUUGGAUCAAAUUCCCCCGUCCUCGCCUCCCGAUAUCUCAGCCCUGAAGUCGCUGAACCGCACAUACUCAAGACGCCGACUCGGUGAAGGUCAACGGCUCUAUCGGAAUCCGAACCUGAACCCGAACCCCCCUGCGGACGAUGAUACUCGGCUCAGCAACCGACACACACAACGCGAACGUACCCACAUCAAAUCGACCCUCGAUUCAAUGUCUGGCCUCCCUUCUCGCAGCCGGUAUUCGGGGUAUGCCGUUUCAGCGGGCGAGCGCGUGGGCAAGCGGUAUGGGUUUACUGAUGUCCAGCGUGAAGCGCUCACUCCUGAACGAAUUGCCGCGGCCAAGUCACGGCUCAGGCAGAAGGACAGUCGUAAGAUCAAAGCAUUUGGAAAGGAGAAUCUUUGA